AACCAUCAGGCUUUUAUAUAGGUUAGCAAUGUCAUCGAACAAGAAUAGUCAAGCUAUAGCUACCAAUUGCCUUAAGGCCUGUCAUAUUGUAUUUCUUUGAUCAGCGUCACCGUCGAGUAGCUAGCUAGCCAGGCUCAGUCUUGACUCCGGUGACCAUGCCGAAAAUCUCUUUAGGAACGAGCCGAGAGGCUGUUCAGCCUGACUGCAUUAAGGCCCUUGUGGUCGAGUUUGUCACCACUUUCCUCUUCGUCUUCGCUGGAGUCGGAACUUCCGUGGCCGCUGAUGAGAUGGGCGCAAAUACACUGGUGGGCUUGUUUGUGGUUGCGGUGGCUCAUGCCCUUGUGGUAGGCGCUAUGACAUCGGCUGGACGCAUAUCCGGAGGCCAUCUUAACCCAGCAGUCACGCUUGGCUUGCUUUUAGGUGGUCACAUCACCGUGGUCCGAUCUAUCCUCUAUUGCAUCGAUCAGUUGUUGGCAUCUUCAGCAGCUUGUAUUCUUCUCAAGUAUCUCACUGGAGGAUUGAGUAUUCCAAUUCAUUCAUUGAAGAGUGGAGUAGGCUUCCUUCAAGGUGUUUUAUGGGAGGUUAUUUUGACAUUCUCCUUGCUAUUCACAGUCUAUGCAAUUGUUGUGGACCCCAAGAAAGGAUCCAUCGAUGGGUUAGGCCCAAUGCUUAUUGGGUUUGUUGUUGGAGCCAACAUCUUAGCUGGUGGAGCUUUCUCAGGGGCUUCAAUGAACCCAGCUCGAUCAUUUGGACCUGCUUUUGUGAGUUGGGACUGGACUGAUCAUUGGGUUUACUGGGUUGGACCCCUAAUUGGUGGUGGGCUUGCUGGGUACAUCUAUGAAAAAUUUUUUAUCGUCAAAACUUAUGCUUCCCUUCCUCAUGAGGAUGAAGCUUUUUAAUUUCCUGCAUUAUUGUUUCUUUUCUCUCUCAAUGUAUCAAGUUUCCUACGUGCUUCAUUCCUCUAGUGAUAAUUAAAGUAUUUUGAGUCUUUGUUUAGAUUACCUCUUUGUGAAUUAAUUAAUAACUAAUCAAGAAUUUUUUUUCUUUCCUAAAUAUUUUAUUUUAGUUGUGUUUCGUCUUUCCUUGUAUAGCUUUAUUGGAUCAAAAUAUAAACAUUUUUAUAAAUUCCU